AUGUCUACCUGUACUACUUCCCCAAAAAUAAACAUCAUAAUCAUAGGCGGUGGUCUGAUCGGUCCCCGUCACGCCCAAUCCAUCAUCUCCAACCCGUCAACCCACCUCCUCGCCCUCAUCGACCCAGCACCUCACGGACCGGAAACCGCGUCGUCCCUCUCAACCCACCAUUUCCCAUCUAUUGCCUCGCUCUUUUCUUCUUCCCUCCCAAGACCAGCCGCAGCAAUAAUCUGCACACCAAAUAAGACCCAUGUUCCGAUUGCACUAGAGCUCAUCGCGGCUGGUAUUGAUAUCUUGGUUGAGAAACCCAUCUCGACUUCUAUCCCGGAAGGGCUGGAACUCAUCGCAGCAGCAGAAAAGAAAGGUGUCAAGGUAUUAGCAGGUCAUCAUAGACGCUUCAAUCCGUAUUUGCUAGCAGCGAAGAAAGCACUUGAUGAGAACAGUCUAGGUCAAGUCGUCGCUGUGCAAGGGACUUGGUGUCUGCGCAAGCCUGCUGCGUAUUAUGAUGGGAUAGGAGAAUGGCGAAGGAGUGGUGAGAGUGGAGGAGUGGUGCUGAUCAAUCUCGUUCAUGAAGUGGAUCUUUUACAGUACUUACUGGGGCCAAUCACGAUGGUCUCUGCUAUUGAGACGAUGAGAACGAGAGCAUUUGAUGCCGAGGAGGGAGCUGCGAUUGUACUUAGAUUUCAGAGUGGUGUUGUUGGGACAUUUUUACUAAGUGAUUCGACGCCUAGUCCGUGGAAUUUUGAAUGUGGGACCGGUGAGAAUCCGAUGAUUCCAAAAGUUCGAGAGGAAAAUUUUGCGGGUGGCUUUUAUAGAAUUAUGGGUACAAAGGGGAGCUUGAGUGUACCUGAUUUGACGAGAUGGACAGGCGAGUGGGAUGAGAAGCUUAGCAGAGAGGACCUGCAGGUUCAGAAGGAGAUUGUACCAUUUGAUCAGCAGAUUGAGCAUUUUGUGAGGGUUGUGAGGAAUAGUGAAAGGCCAGGGUGUACGGCGGAGGAAGCAUUGAGUGCAAUGACUGUUUGUGAUGCUGUGAAAGAAGCAAUGCGGUCUGGCAGGUGGGUUGACAUUAUCGGAUUUGAGGUCCAGGUAAGAGGAGCGUGA